AUGGGAGGACUCGACCUAUCGUCCCUGGCCACCAUCCCGAUCAGCUACGCAACCUGCUCCCUUGGCAGCCCCAACGACCCCCCGCCGCUGCUCGACCGUCUCGACGCCAUCUCCAAGGCCGGUUUCGCCGCAGUCGAGCUCUCCUUCCCCGACAUUCUCUCGUACGGCCAGACACUUCUUGGCCAUGAAGUCGAACCCAAGAACUACGGCGAGCUCGUCAGAGUCGCAGAAGCAAUCAAGAAGGAAUGCGACAAGCGCAGCCUAGGCGUCAUGAUGCUGCAGCCAUUUGCCAACUUCGAGGGCUGGCCACAGGGCUCGGAUGAGCGCAAGGACGCGUUUGAGCGCCUCGACGGCUGGAUCAGGAUCAUGAAGGCCGCAGGCACAGACAUGCUGCAGGUGGGCUCCACAGACUCGAAGCUCGAGGAACUGGACCAGAGCCGCAUUGUGCCGGAUCUGCAGGAGCUGGCGGACAAGCUGAAGCAACACGGCUUCCGCGUUGCAUACGAGAACUGGUGCUGGUCGACACACGCACCGGACUGGAAAGACGUCUGGAACAUCGUGCAGCAGGUCGAUCGUCCGAACAUUGGCUUGUGUCUCGACACCUUCCAGACUGCUGGUGGAGAGUGGGCAGACCCAAGGAACGAAUCUGGUCUGUUAGAAGACGUGUCAAAGGAAGAGCUCGAGAAACGAUUCAAGAAGAGCCUCGAGGAGCUCGGCAAGACAAUCCCAAAAGACAAGAUCUACCUACUUCAAAUCAGCGAUGGCUACAAGGUCCCACAAGCGCUCAAGGACGAGAGAGACGAUGACGGUCUGCUGCCGCGCGGUCGAUGGAGCCACGACUUCAGGCCGCUGCCGUACAACGGCGGUUACCUUCCUGUUGUCGAUGUCGCGCGAGCCGUGCUCAACACCGGCUUCCGGGGGUGGUUCAGCUACGAAGUCUUCGACGGCGGUAAGGACGGCAAGGCAGGAAACCCAGACAUCGUUGCCUAUGCACGUGCUGCGAAGAACGUGCAAAACAGGCUGCUGGCCGAGUGCGCAGGCGAGAAGAUUUUAGAUUAUGUUGCGACACAGUAG